AUGGAGAAAGCAACAAACUCUGAAGCUAACCACCAGAGCGUAGAGGGCUUGGGCGUUGCAGCUCCCGACAGGCAACUCCAGGAUGUCCAGACAGACAGUCUCAGGUCCUGGCUGGUGGUCUUGGGAUCUUUCUGUACGCUGACUUGCACAUUUGGUGCGGUCAGUAGCUACGGCGUCUUUCAAGCCCACUACAAAUCUUCUCUAUUGUCUGAAUAUUCGGCGUCACAGAUAUCUUGGAUUGGGGCAAUCCAGUACUUUCUCCUAUUUUUCUUGGGUUUGCCAGCUGGUUAUCUCGCUGAUAUUGGAUAUACAAGACAUCUCAUGGUUACAGGUUCUGUCAUUGUGAUCGUAUCUCAGCUCUGCAUCAGUUGGUGUGCCAAGUAUUGGCAGUUUCUCCUUGUACAGGGAAUAAUAUAUGGGAUCGGAUGUGGAUCUCUGUUCACCCCUGCUUGUGCGGUAGUGCAGCCAUGGUUUGAGAAGCGGCGAGGCCUUGCGCUUGGUGUUAUUGCUUGCGGUGCCGCAGUCGGAGGGGUUAUUUGCUCCAUUGUCUCCUCAUCUUUGCUGCCCCGGAUCGGGUUCUCAUGGGCAUGUCGAGUUCUCGCACUCCUCUUCUUCGUUCUUUUGAGUGUAUCAUGCGCUGUAAGUGAUCUGCAAACUGUGGGAAAGCUACUACAAGCAAACUCAUGUGAGAUACAGUUGAUCAAACCAUAUCCUAUGUCCAUGGGCACAAACAUCGACGCCAAUGAUUUCGACGCCAUCGCCACGUGGGGCUCCUGGCUUAGAAACACCUUUCCCGCUAUUUUUGAGCCUGCCUUUAUCUUGUAUCUUUGCGGGCUCUUUUGCGCUACCGCAGGUGUAUAUCUUCCAUUCAAUUUCCUACAACAAUAUGUGGGUGAUAUUGGUCUGUCAGGAUCAUACUCAAAGUACAUGACUGCCUAUAUCAAUGCAUCCUCGAUCUUAGGACGCUUAGGAGGGGGAAUCCUCGCCGACAAGUACGUAUGCUUCGCAUUUGACCUUACAUUCAUAGUAGUGAAACGUCUGAUUCGCGGUUAG